GGAAGGAGCGGGAGCUGGCUGGGAGCACUGGUCUGUUUCACUGCUCUGUCUGUGUAUAAGUCAGUGACGGAAGGACUAAUUUCUUCCGGUGUGUAGAGAGAGAGAGAAAGUCAGUGUGUGUCAGUGCGGGACCAUUGCACACACACAGACACAGAUACAGCCAGAGAGCUGCGACAUAUUGGGUGCACAGGGGCCUGGUGACCCAGCAAGGAUCUCUCCAUCCACCCACAUGUGGACCUGCUGCUUAUUGUCCCUGAGCAGCAUGUAAUGGGUGUGUGAGUGACAGACAGUCGGAGACCGAGAGGGAGGUAACAUCCUGGUACGUCACGGCUUUAAAGCAUCAGACUACACCCCUGGACUCCCGAACCGAUGGGCAUUGGCAAGAACACAGCACCCAAGGGCACCAUGGAGUCAGCCAACUCUUGCGAGGACAAGUAUGAGGAAGAGAAACACUCCACAACUUUCUUCCCAAUGCCGGUGGUGAUUAAUGGAGCUGCGGUGGUGCCUGGUGAGCAGGACACAGAGGUGACUGAGCUGAUGGCUGUCUAUGCCAAACAGAACACUGGCGCUGACAAGUCCUCCUUAUCGGAUAGCUCGGACAGCCAUGGUGGUAGUGAGGCCCAGAGACUGGACAUGAUCUACACUGUUGAAGAUGUCCCACCUUGGUAUCUCUGUAUCUUCUUGGGUUUACAGCACUACCUGACCUGUUUCAGUGGGACCAUUGCUGUUCCCUUCCUGUUGGUUGAUGCCAUGUGUGUUGGCUUUGACCAGUGGGCCACCAGUCAACUGAUUGGGACCAUCUUCUUCUGUGUGGGAUUGACAACGCUGCUUCAGAGUACCCUGGGCUGCAGGCUGCCCUUGUUUCAGGCCAGUGCCUUUGCCUUCCUCGCUCCCGCUCGAGCCAUUCUGUCCCUGGAGAAAUGGAAAUGUAAUAACUCAGAUAUAACCUUUCAGAAUAGCUCCGAAGUGAUGGACACCUCACAUAUUUGGCAUCCCAGGAUCCGAGAGAUCCAAGGCGCCAUCAUCAUGUCCUCGCUGGUGGAGGUGCUGAUCGGGUUACUGGGUCUGCCUGGCAUUCUGCUGAACUACAUCGGACCCUUGACCAUCACCCCAACGGUGGCUCUGAUUGGCCUGUCCGGUUACCAGGCAGCUGGCGAGCGAGCUGGGCAGCACUGGGGCAUUGCCAUGCUGACCAUCUUCUUGGUGCUGUUUUUCUCUCAGUACGCUCGCAAUGUGAAACUUCCCCUUCCGGUUUAUAAAUACAAGAAAGGUUGGACUGCCUACAGACUGCAGCUCUUUAAGAUGUUCCCGAUUAUCUUGGCCAUCCUGGUCUCGUGGUUCCUGUGCUUUAUCUUCACCGUGACGGAUGUUUUCCCACCAGCCAGUGGUCAGUAUGGAUACUACGCUCGGACUGAUGCUCGGAAAGGUGUCCUCUCUGUCGCUCCGUGGUUCAAAGUUCCUUACCCCUGUCAGUGGGGUUUGCCCACAGUCUCGGCCGCGGGGGUAAUUGGCAUGCUGAGUGCCGUCGUCGCUAGCAUCAUUGAAUCCAUCGGCGAUUACUAUGCCUGUGCCCGGUUAUCCUGUGCCCCACCUCCACCAGUCCAUGCCAUUAACAGGGGCAUCAUGGUGGAAGGCUUGUCCUGUGUCCUGGAUGGACUGUUUGGAACGGGAAAUGGCUCCACAUCAUCCAGCCCCAACAUCGGGGUGUUGGGAAUCACCAAGGUGGGGAGCAGGAGGGUGAUCCAGUAUGGAGCUGCAAUGAUGGUGCUCCUGGGGACGAUCGGCAAGUUUAGUGCACUGUUUGCCUCCUUGCCAGACCCCGUGCUCGGGGCAUUGUUCUGCACUUUAUUUGGGAUGAUCACUGCUGUUGGACUGUCCAACCUUCAGUUUGUUGACUUGAACUCCUCUCGGAAUCUCUUUGUGUUGGGAUUUUCCAUCUUUUUUGGGUUAAUGCUGCCGAGUUACCUCAAGCAGAACCCUCUCGUGACAGGUAUUUCUGAAAUUGACCAAGUCCUGAACGUGUUAUUGACAACGGCAAUGUUUGUUGGAGGCUGUGUUGCAUUUCUAUUGGACAAUACCAUCCCAGGCACCAUUGAAGAGAGAGGACUUCGCAAAUGGAAGGCUGGUGUGUUGACAUCCAAGUCUUUGGACAGUAAAGAGACUUAUAACCUGCCAUGUGGUAUGGGAUUAGUGAAGAGGUACAAGGUAUUCACUUACCUGCCUAUCAGUCCCACCUUUACAGGAUACAGUUGGCAGAUGUGCCAGGAGACUGGCAGUUUGAGGAGUCGGCCUGACCAUGCUGAAGCAUCAGUAUAGCAUGGAGCUAGCCACCCUGUGCCUUCUGAGGCUCAGAGUCCAUUCCAGUGUUCUGUUUGUGGCUCCCACCGUGGGGAAGGUCAACAGGGUGGUGUUUAGUUGGGGGUGGUGGUGGGGGGGGAAAGUUCUGUGUGUGUGGUUGUGUGUUUGUGUGUGUGUCCCUGUCUCUUUCCUCUUUCCCCACCCGACAAUCGGAACCCCUCUGUCCAAAGCUCACGACAAAUCUGCAGCAGCCGAUGAUCUGGAUCACGUGUCGGGGGUGGUUACUGAGCUCUCACUCCAAACCCCCUCCCUCCUGGAAUGAGCAGUCUGAGGCCCCAUUGCUGGCAUUGGGACAGCACUGCAUGCUGUGUGCACCAUCUGCCAGUGCCUCACCCUCUCCAGCCCUAAACUCCUCCCCUCCACCCUACUAUCACAAUCAGGGCAUUACUCUCCCUUUGAUAGCACAGCACGGCAGGAGAGGGUGGACAGGUGCCUGCUCCCAGGGAUGCAGGAUCCUGUGUGUGUUUAGGCUUUGCUGAGGUGUGUGUGUUUGGAUGUGUGUCUCUGUGUGAGAGAGAGAGAGAGAGAUAGAGACCAUGUCUGUAUGUGUGUGUCCAUCCCAGGGUGUGUUCCAAGGUCAUUCAGCUCAAACUGGCGAGUUCCCCUGAACUCUGGGUGGACUUGGAUGCUCAGAGACGCUGGGGGGGCUUAUUCAGCUGUAUCCCUCACUUCCUGUGGCUCUGUUGUUUUUAUAACAAGAGGAAUACAAUCCCUCCCACCCCUGCACCCUCCAGCCCAUCUUCAUCUCCUCAUCAAAGCAGGAAGCUGAGGUGCUGAGUGCCACCAAUCAAGGGGUAAUUCAGCACCCUCCCUCUCCCUCCCAAGCCCAAACGCUGGCCUACCAGGUAACAGGAUCUCCUGCUCUUGCCUGGUGAACUCCUCCAACCCACAAGGAAUCUGCUUUCCCUCGGCUCUCCGAGGCAGCAGGGUCCAAAGGUGCUGCCUCUCAUCACCACCGGCUGGCCCAGUAUUUAUUACCCAUCUCUAGUUGCCCCUUGAGAAGGUGGGAGUCACUUGCCUUCUUGAACUGCAGUGCAGUCCAUGUGCUGUAGCUAGAGACCAACAAUGUCCCUAAGGGAGGGAAUUCCAGGAUUUGGACCCAGCGACACUGAAGGAACGGUGAUAUAUUUCUAAGUCAGGGUGGUGAGAGAUUUGGAGGGGAACUUGCAGGGGGUGGUGUUCCCACGUACCUCCUGCCCAUGUCCUCCUAGAUGGAAGUGGUUGUGGGUUUGGAAGGUGCUGCCUGAGGAUCUUUGAUGCAUUGCUGCAGUGUAUCUUGGAGAUGGUACACCCUGCAGCUACUGAGCACCAGAGUGGGUAUUUGUGGUUGUGGUGUCCAUCUUGUGGGCUGCUUUGUCCUGGAUGGUGUUGAGCUUCUUGAGUGUUGUUGGAGCUGUCCCCAUCCAGGCAAGUGGAGAGUAUUCCAUCCCACUCCUGACCUGUGCCUUGUAGCUGAUGGACAGGCUUUGGGGAGUUGGUCACUGCAGUAUUCCUAGCCUCUGACCUGCCCAAGUAGUCACUGUAUUUCAAUCCACUGAGUCCAAUGGAGUUGCUGGUCAGUGUUGAUAGUGAGGGAUUCAUUGAUGAUAUGAGUCAUCUCCUCUCCAUCCCACACUGCAGGCUGCAGGAAAAACUGCCAGGAACUGUCCGUGUCCCAGAUGGAGUGGCACUGAACAGACUCACGGUCCUCGAAUUGUUCUGUUGACAGCCCUCACCAUCACUUGGCUGAUGCCUGGAGAUGAGAUGGUUCAUUGGCUGUGGUUUGGAAGUGUUAGUCUGUUGGUUUUGUGGCAGGACCUUGGCAGACCCUGGUGCACUCAGAGGGAAGGGCAAAGGGGUAACUUGUAAUACCCAGCAGCCUCUCUACUCCUGACAACCCUCUUCCAGUCCAUGUAAGGGUGGCUAGUGGCCUGUUUGUCUCUCAGGCACUCCUGAUGCUUUCCCAAGCUCUCCAGGCCUGUCUGUGCAGCUCUCUCUGGUACUUGGCGCUGGCUCUCGUGUUAUUGCUGGAGUUAUGUUGAGUUGUGAGAAGCCACCCUUGACCUGGAAGCAGUGCCAUUGGUUCAUCUCUCUCUCUCUCUCUCUGUGCCUCUGCCCUCUACCUUGAUCAGUGUACCUGCUUCUCUGCAGCAAGGCCAUGCUGGUGGAGAUGACAGUGACCACCCUAUGAAACCAGGCUCGGGUGUCUGUGUGACUGAGUGAAGACGCCAUGUUUGGCUUAACCUGCCCAGCUGCUGCUGGCCCUGAAUGGAGGGAGAGCUGGCCUCCUCCUCCUCCUCCUCAGGCAAAUCAUCCAGACCUGCUUGUUUCUCCAGCUCUUGCCUUGUUGGGACGGUGUUUCCCAACCACAUUCCCCACAGCCCUGGCCCCUUGUAACUACAACAUGACCCUUCCAUUCUCCUCACUUUCCCAUUCUGCAGCCCCUUUGAUCAGGUAAGGGGGUGCUCAUUGGACCAGGAGGGGGUGUGUGUGUGUGUCUGUGUGUCUCUGUAUUAAAAUGACCCUCAGGACCUGGAUUGACGACAAAGUUCCUGACACACAGGAACUGAAGCCCACAUCAGCUCCUGCAAUCUGCCCCCACAGACAGCCUUGGGAGCUGGGCAUGGCUUGUGGCGUUUGGCUGGGCCAACAUGUGAUGAGCUUUGGUCUCCACUGUUGGGGUGGUGGGGAGUUGAGGACCAUCUGUGCCAAAGCAUUGAGCACUGACCGGAUCAGGAGCUGCUGCUGCUGUCUCAGGUGGUCACAUAUGGUCAGGCUGAGGGAGCACCCCUGCACUGUUAGUGGGGAGAGUGAGGGAGUCCUCCAGGUCAUCCCAAAAUCACCAGCCAUUUGGACUGGAAUCUCAACUGGACAGGGAGCCCACACUUACAUUCCCAGUGUGUGCAAGAAUUAUAUACAUAUAUAUUAUAUAUAGUGUGUUUAUGUGUGUGUGUAUGUAUGUAAAUAGAAAGAUAUAUGCAUCUCCUUUGUGUUUUUCUGGAUCUCUGUGUUGUCAAUGCUGCUAGGUUGGUGGGCAAGAGGAAGGGUAACAUGGACCGCAUUCAUUCCCUGGGGUCUCGGGGUUCG